CGGAAGAGCGCAUGUAAACAACAUAGUUGAGAUCGAGAGGAAGUGACAAUAGACGGUUUUCAUAGCGUUACUGAAAUAGUUGCUCGUAAUAGGACAGAUUAAGUGAUAUACUUAUUGACUCGACGAUCUUCGUGUGUCGACAACCGUUAAUGUACAUGGGUAUCGUGCCCAGCUAGCUGCUAGCUAGCCUCAGCUAUAGGGCCAACCUCACAGCGUUAACAACUUAGCCUGAAUUAGCAACCAGCACUAAUGCCUCAAGACGGAGAACAGUUUCUUCCCCUGGUUCGCUCCCUGAACAGUCGAGUACCGGUUAAUGCAGUGUUUUGUAACCGCACUCCCCGUGUCGUAAGGCCACUAUGGAUUGAUUUCUUCGGGGAACCUCAGGCGUACGACAACGUACAACCAGGGAUGGGGCGAAAAAUGACCACAUACAAAGGUCACUCAUGGAUCUUCAGAGACGCAGAGACGGAUGAUCCGCUGAGGGUGAAUGGCAAAGAGCUGUUUCUUCCCAAACCAGCAGAGGGUCAACAUGUUACACUUGCUAAUAUCACUUUACCAGUUUACAGCCUAAAGGAUCGUGCCCUUCAGGUUAUUCGCCAACUGGUGCGACCAGAGGACUACAGGAGGUUGGAAAUAGCACGAUGUCUUCACGAGGAGCUGGAAGAUCAGCCCAGUGCGUUGAAAGAUCUCCGCCGCAUGAACCAGCGAGUAGAGCAGCAUCUGCUGGAACGCAUCCAAGGCCAGGAGGAAUGAGGCAUGAAACUGGGCUGCAGUCAUGUAUAGGUGGCAUUAUUGUAUUCCACACAGAUAGAACUCAGAAAAGCCAGAACUGAUGAAAUGUAAGAUAAAAUGUUGGGAGUUACUUCUUUGGUGAGUGAGCAGCUGUUGUUAAGACUUCCACCGAGAUCUUACAUUUCUGGCAACGGAGGCUCAGUUUGAUUUGCUGCCUGUGUUGGCAAAUGUCUUCCUCAGAAGAAAAAAAAAAAGCUGCUUCGACAAUGUGAUGACAGCUUCUUCAGAGAAAUGUUGUUUGUCCUGCAAGAUGUUAAUUAUGGGGAUGCACAAUAUUUAUCGAUAUUGGGAAAUUUAUAUUAUGAUGAUAUGGUGAUAAACAGAGGUAAUAGACAGUACACACUGAUUUGCACAGCAUCUACACAGUUCUAUACAGCUUUAUGCAUCUUUAAGAUUGAUUUGUGAUUGGCCAGUAAACACAGAAAAGAAGAAGAAGAACAUGUGCAUUACACUGCUGUCGUACUCAUAACAUCAAACUGCUGCACCUCAGCCAAACAUGUUGUUACCGUGUGGAUGUAUUUAUUAGUUUCACAGGAAGAAAACACAAUUGCAAAUUCAAAUACAUGUCCCACAAGUGUACUGACAGGAGGGUAAAAGUUUAUGAAUUUAACAAAGCAGAUCUUAUGAUUGCUAAAGAAUUGCAAAUCAUCCACAUUUGCCUUCCUUGCCCUGAGGUGUGCAUAAACCACAGGUUAUGCAAUUCUUUUUAAAAUAAAGAAAUGUGAAAUUUUAUGGUUAUUUUGGCAGGGAAUCAGUGGUUGAACAAAAAUCAUAAAGUGUAUCCCUGGAUAUUUAAGUGUUUAUUCCUGGACAACUAGAAGAGAAGUGGGGGAAUGUUAGCCUUUGAUGCCUGUCUCAUUAUAUUAUUCUACUUUGUUUAGCCAUAUUGUCAGGUUCUGCUAUGAGUCAGCUUCAUCUAAAAACAUGCUAUUUGUUAAUUUGCACAAGCAGGAACUUAUAAUAAUGUUUUAGUUGUCGCAGUGUUCUUAUUUAAGGACACUGGAUAAAAAGUAUAUAGUCACAUUAAAUAGGAAUCUGAGAGAGCUGUAUGUUGUUAAAAUAAUUAUUAGCAAUACGUGAGAUCUUAACUAUACCAGUUUGUAACACUAACACUCCUCUAAAAAAACAUUUUUUAAUCUAACUAUUUAGUUCUGCUGUUUCACCAAGACUGCACUAUUCAGCAUCAGCAAGCUUUUGCUUUGGCAUUUUAAAUCUUGAAAAAGAUGGAGUGUUUAUGGGUUUGGUUUCCAAGUUGGCCUGUAAAUGUAGACUUUUCAGGUGAUUUCCUCUAAUUGACACUUAGUAGUUAACCUUGUCUUUACAGUUUUAACGAUUAGACUGUGAAACACUGUGACUGAGAAGUGGAUACAUUUUGUUUUUGUCUACUUUAUAAUUUUUGUUCUGUCAAUACAUGUCAUCAUAUUUUAUAAAUUCAUACACUGCUACUGUAUCUCAAAAACUUUUGUCUAUUUGUGUAACAAAUAAACCAAUAAAUAAGCUGUUUCUUGCUGAAGGG